CCUCCUCUCUGUCAGAUCACAGCCGACACUUUGCCUAACCCUCCAUUUCUCUCUCUACUUUCUCUCUCUCUCUCUCCUUUACAAUUUUUUUUUAUUUCACUUUUUUUCGUUUACUCUUUCUUCACUUAUCAUUUCGUUUUUUCUCCUCUGUUCUCUGUCCAUUUCUGGUGUUUCCCCUCUUCUCUUUUUGCCCUUUAAAGGGCUUUUGUGUCGGCACAUCCAUAGCCAUUCUUCCGGUUUUGGGACUUUCCCCCAUAUUGGAAUGUGAUAUUUCCAUUGGGACUUGAAAUUUAGUGAGUAAAGUGAUGGACCAGAAGACUUGGCUUUGGAGGAAGAAAUCAUCAGAGAAGAUUACUGUUUCAAGUGAUAAAGUAAAUCUCUCUGUGAAUAAGAAUGAAGAAGAGACACUUCUUAUUGACAAAGCUCGGUUGGAGAAAGAUCUUGAGAUUGCAAAUGAUAAACUUUCUGCAGCCCUCUCAGAGUGUAAGACAAAAGAUGAACUUGUGAAGAAACUUACAAACAUGGAACAAGAAGCCAUUGCUAGAUGGGAGAAGUCAAAAUCUGAAGCAGCAACCUUAAAGCAAGAACUAAAUGAUGCUGUACAGAAGAGGCUUGCCGGUGAAGAGAGAGUGAUUCAUUUAGAUGCGGCACUAAAGGAAUGCAUGCAGCAGCUACGUUUUGUUCGAGAGGAGCAGGAGCGAAGGAUUCACGAUGCCGUCUCAAAGACGUCAAAUGAAUUUGAAAAAUCCCAAAAGAUUUUGGAGGAGAAGUUGGCUGAUACUGGUAAAAGGCUCUCAAAAUUGGGGGGAGAGAACACUCAACUUAGCAAGGCUUUGUUGGUGAAGGAAAAAAUGAUUGAAGAUGUAAAUAGACAGUUGGCUGGUAUGGAGGCUGAUCUUAAUGCAUUGGUAUCUAGAUUAGAAUCCAUGGAGAGAGAAAAUGGCACCCUAAAAUAUGAAGUUAGAGUGCUUGAGAAGGAGGUCGAAAUUCGGAAUGAGGAGAGAGAAUUUAAUCGACGAACUGCAGAUGCAUCACAUAAGCAACACUUGGAUAGUGUGAAAAAAAUUGCAAAACUAGAAUCCGAGUGUCAAAGGCUGCGCCUUCUUGUCCGGAAGAGGUUGCCAGGUCCUGCAGCCUUAGUAAAGAUGAAAAAUGAAGUUGAAAUGCUAGGAAGGGAUUCAUUCGAGAUCAGGAGACGGCAGAAAAAUUCAACAGGUUCGUUGGACUCUUCACUAGAGAACUCUCCAGAGACUCCUAGCAGACGUAUUAGUGUGCUAACCUCCGCAGUGUCAGCUUUGGAAGAAGAGAACAACAACCUCAAGGAAGCUCUCAGCAAAAUGAACAAUGAACUUCAAGUUGCAAAAAUCAUGCAUGCCCGCGCAUCUCCAAAACCGUUACAAGUUGAAUCACCCCACAAAUUAUCAAAUGGUCAUAAAAUCAUGGAAUCAGGAAAGGGUAGUCUGGCAUUACCUGAGUUCCAUCAUGCUUCAAUGUCUGAUGCUGGGAGUGAUGACAAGGUUAGCUCUGCUGAAUCAUGGGCUUCUCCAUUGAUUUCUGAAUUGGAACACUUCAAAAAUGGUAAGCAGAAGGGGUCGUCAACAACAUGCAAAAUAGUUGGUUCUACAGACUUGGAUCUGAUGGAUGACUUUGUUGAAAUGGAAAAAUUGGCUAUUGUCUCUGUUGAAAAGUCUCCCUCAAAUUCUCGAAGUCUUUCAAAUGAAGUUAAUGGAAAACCCAAGUCAUUGGAAACGGAGCUAAAUGGAUUUUAUCCUGAAGCAGUAUCUAAGGAGAUGGUCCCUAAACCUUGUAGUAAUCUGGGCUCCUGUUUAACAUACCCCGAUUGGCUUCAAAAUAUCUUGAAAACGGUCUUUGAUCAGAGUAACUUUUCCAAAAGAGCCCCUGAACGGAUACUGGAGGAUAUUCAAGCAGCGAUGAAAUGUCAGAAUCCUGGAAAUUCUAUUAACACAAAAGAGGAUGGAAACCAUUGUGGUGAUAUCGCUUGUAAUAAUGUCCGGAUGUCAGAAAAGCCGUUGGGGAUAGAUUCAGUGUGUAAAGCAAAUGACACUGACAUCACAUCAAUGGAGAAGCGUGACAAGCAGGAGGUAGAUCUACAUGGUUCAAUAUUGAGAUUGAUUGAGCUUGUAGAAGGGAUUAGUGUGACAUCUUCAGAUGAUGACAACUCUUCCUCAAGAAAGGAUGGCAGUGUCUAUUCUGAAACACCUACAGGCUAUAUGGUUCGAGUUUUCCAAUGGAAAACAUCUGAACUAAACGCUAUUUUGAAGCAGUUUAUACACAACUGCUAUGAAAUGUUGAGUGGAAAGGCAAAUAUUGGUAACUUUGUGCAAGAAUUAAAUUCCACUUUGGAUUGGAUUGUGAACCACUGUUUUUCACUUCAAGACGUUUCUAGCAUGAGAGACUCCAUAAAGAAGCAUUUCAAUUGGGAUGAAUCACGAAGUGACUGUGAACUGGAAACCGGGACAAAUGUUCAUGUUUCAGAAGUUGAUAAAUCCCGUGUUCCCAGAGAACAGAUUUUACGGUUGAAAAAGGAUAUCAGUUCAAAUAACCAUAAUGCACCAACUGGAGAGCUGCAAUCUACGUUGUCUGAAGAAAAUGGUAAACUGGAAGAAGAGCUAACGAGUGUAGAAUCUGCAAAGAAAGAUCCUGAAACAAAGUUUCAGUCUACUACGGGUUCAAGUGAAACGUUAAUAAAUCAACUUGAAGAAUCUGAGAAGAAAAUUGUCAGCUUGCAAAAGGAGUUAGAAAGCCUUAAAGAAUUGAAGGGAACAAUUGAAGGUCAAAUUGCCAAUCAGCGGUUGGUGAAUCAAGAUCUAGAAACAGAGCUUACGGCUGCUAGAAAUGACCUAAAUGAGAAUCACAGAAAAUUUGCGGCUCUAGAAGUUGAAUUGGACAAUAAAAACAGUUGCUUUGAAGAAUUGGAGGCCACAUGUCUUGAACUGCAACUUCAGCUGGAAAGCACACGGAAACAAACGUCAAGCACAGAUUCGGGUCAGGAAGAGAAGCAACUUCGCACUGAAUGGGAGAUAACAACUGCUUCAGAAAAGUUAGCAGAGUGCCAAGAGACGAUUCUUAACCUCGGGAAGCAGUUGAAGGCCCUAGCUACACCCAAGGAAGCUGCAAUUUUAGACAAAGUCAUCCCCACUCCAAAUGAUGAAACACAAACUUCUAGUGUGUCGAACACCACAACCACCCCGGUGACAGAUACGACCUCAACCCCAACUACAUCCAAUACAAAGACAACAAAUAACCGAUUCUCUCUGCUAGAUCAAAUGCUAGCAGAGGACGAUGCCUUCCCUAGAGACUAUAAAAUUUCGAAGGCUGUAGAAGUCGAUGCCAUCCACAGUUCGACAUCAGAUAUCGAUAAAUCAAUUGAUCCACAAAAAGCAAUCCUCAUAUGGAAUGGACAUAAAAGUGUAGUCAACAAAGACACGGUUAGUAAUUUGGCUAUUGUGCCGAGCAGAAAGCGAGGAGAGGGUGCGUUGUGGAGAAAACUCUUAUGGAGAAAGAAGAAAGUGAGGAGCCAGAAAAAGACACUUCUAUUUGCAGCAGCAUGAGGAGAAGGAAGCAGUGAACUGUAUAACAAGUUAAUAUGAGAAGAUUGGGAGCCAAGAUUACUUCUCUGACUUAUGGUUUUUGGUUUGUUUUCACUGGUGAUUGUUGUUUGGUUUGAUGCACAAUUAGGAAAGGUAGACAAUAAGGGGUUGGAUGAUUGCUAAUUUUCCAGGUUUUGUAAUGCUUGAGUGAAUUUCUACUGUACAUAUGUAAACACUUGCCUAAGCUGCAUUGCACUUUUGUAUCCAUUUGAUGAACAUAUAACCUUAUGCUGAGUUGCUGACAUUUUGUAAAUCUAUAACAAGGAUACUCACCAUGUGACAUGAAUUUUGUAUUCUA